AUGCCGGGUGGUGAGCAAAUUUUGCCAGCUCCAUCCCAAAUGCAACCAAUAGAAGGAGGACAAUUUUUUGCAACAACGUUGCAGCCUAUCAAUUUAAAGUCUCCAAACUUGGCAAAAGAGUGGAAGCUGUGGUACACCCAAUUUAAGAUAUUUAUGACUGCUUCAAAUUUGGAAACACAAGCAGAUCGGCGUAAGGUAGCAUUGCUACUUCAUCAUCUAGGCAGCGAUUCCCUUGAGAUUUUUAAUUCUUUUAACGAGGAUGUCGAUAGUAUUGCCUACUCAACACUAGUGGAAAAAUUUGAAAGCUUUUUUAUACCAAAAGUAAAUAUAGCAAUGGAGCGUCAUAAAUUUUUCAUUUGUAAACAACAACCAAAUCAAGCAAUUGAUGAAUAUGUUACAAUUUUGAAAAAUUUAAGUUUAAACUGCGAAUUUGGCAGUUUGCGGGAAGAUCUCGUCAGGGACAUUUUUACCUGCGGCUUGUCGCCUAAGAUGGGAAAUAUCCGAGAGAGGUUAUUGGCAGAGGGCGGUAUUCCCUUGGAUAGGGCUAUUGCUAUUGCUAAAUCCAUAGCUAUGGCUAAAGAAAAUGCUUUAAAACUUGAAGAUACUCAGGACGACGAACCAGUCGUUAAUUUGGUACGUAAAAAAACGUUUAAGUCUGCAACUUACAGCAAGCAACAGGUUCCACAUUGUGGUCGGUGUGGUCAAGUGCAUAAGAACAAAUGCCCGGCAGAAGGCGCCAAAUGUCAUAAUUGUGGCAAAAGCGGCCAUUUUGCUAAAAUGUGCUUCAUGAAAAAACGAUAUGUAAAAAAUGUCAAUAUCAACGAAGAUGGCGACUGUAAUUAUGAUAAUGAUGAAGAAGAAGAGGAUUUAUUUAUUGGCGCUCUUACUAAAACAACAAAAUCAACAGCAGCAGAAUGGAAUAUAGAGGUGGGAAUUGAAAACAACAAAAUGUGGUGA